GCUUCAAAACAAUUUCGCUUGGUCAACAUUUUUGUCCCUGCACAAUUACAGAGGCAACUAAAAAGCAAAUAUAUAAAGCAAUUUACUAAGCGGGAGAAAAUUUGAUACAAUUCCAGACUUUUGCCAUUUUUUUGCACCGGAGAUCGGUGCUUUUUCGGUUUCGAAUAUUGUACGCUUUCCGAUGUUAAAAGACUUAUUCUGAUAAGGAGCUAGGGUUUCGUUUUUCUGUUCGUCUCCCGAGAAAGUCUUCAGGCGGCGAGAAUAAAACGAGUCCCGCUGUUGAGUCUGCUUUUCUUCCAAGAAUUUUUCAAUGGGGAAAGGAGGGCAGAACUAUGGGAAAAAGGAGAGCAUCGGCACCGAAUCUUCGAAUCGGGACCCGUUCCUUGCGUGGUCGAAGGACGUUCGAGAAUGCGAAGAGAGAUUCAAGGUGAAUCGCGAACGAGGAUUGUCGUCCGACCAAGUUGAAAAUCAGAGGAAGAUCUAUGGCUGGAACGAAUUGGAGAAGCACGAGGGAGCUUCAAUAUUCAAGCUGAUACUUGAGCAGUUCAACGAUACUCUGGUGAGGAUUCUAUUGGCUGCCGCGGUUAUUUCCUUUGUUCUUGCUUGGUACGAUGGUGAGGAAGGCGGCGAGAUGGAGAUCACGGCGUUUGUGGAGCCGCUUGUUAUCUUCUUGAUCUUGAUUGUGAAUGCCAUUGUGGGCAUUUGGCAAGAAAGCAAUGCCGAGAAAGCGUUAGAGGCUCUGAAAGAGAUACAAUCAGAGCACGCAACCGUGAUUCGUGAUGGUAAGAAAAUUACGAAUUUGCCAUCCAAGGAGCUUGUUCCUGGUGAUAUUGUAGAAUUGAGAGUUGGUGAUAAGGUCCCUGCCGAUAUGAGGGUUUUGAGUUUGGUCAGCUCCACGGUUCGAGUUGAGCAAGGGUCGUUGACGGGAGAGAGUGAAGCUGUUAGCAAGACCGUUAAGGUUGUACCUGAAAAUUCAGAUAUCCAGGGAAAGAAAUGUAUGGUUUUUGCAGGGACAACGAUGGUAAGUGGGCAUUGUUUUUGCUUGGUUACUCAUACUGGGAUGAAUUCCGAAAUAGGGAAGGUUCAUUCCCAUAUCCAUGAAGCAUCACAGAUUGAGGAAGAUACCCCUUUGAAGAAGAAGUUGAACGAAUUCGGAGAGACUCUGACCGUCAUAAUAGGAUUGAUUUGUGCAUUGGUUUGGCUUAUUAAUGUGAAGUACUUCCUGAGCUGGGAAUAUGUUGAUGGGUGGCCCAAAAACUUUAAGUUUUCAUUCGAGAAGUGUACUUAUUACUUUGAGAUUGCUGUGGCAUUGGCUGUGGCAGCCAUUCCUGAAGGUCUGCCGGCAGUUAUCACAACUUGCUUGGCACUUGGUACACGGAAGAUGGCUCAAAAGAAUGCGCUUGUUCGUAAGUUGCCCAGCGUUGAGACUCUUGGUUGUACAACCGUGAUCUGUUCUGAUAAGACGGGUACUUUGACUACCAACCAGAUGGCUGUGGCAAAACUUGUUGCCAUUGGUUCAAGGGCUGGCACUCUACGAUCCUUUGACGUGGAUGGGACCACAUUUAAUCCUUUUGAUGGAAAGAUUCAUGGCUGGCCAGGAGCUCAAAUGGAUGCAAAUCUUCAAAUGGUUGCGAAGAUUGCUGCAGUGUGUAACGAUGCUGGUGUUGAACUUUCUGGGAAUCAAUAUGUGGUCAACGGACUUCCCACUGAGGCAGCGUUGAAGGUUCUUGUUGAAAAAAUGGGACUUCCUGAAGGGUUGGAUUCUGGUACAUCUUUAGCUCAUGGUGAUGUACUACGUUGUUCACAAAUAUGGAAUAAAGUUGAGCAUAGGAUUGCAACUCUGGAGUUUGACCGUGAUCGUAAAUCCAUGGGAGUCAUUGUGAAUUCUGACUCUGGAAAAAAGUCCUUGCUAGUCAAGGGAGCAGUUGAAAAUAUAUUGGAAAGGAGUUCAUUCAUACAGCUGGGUGAUGGCAACAUCGUAGAGUUGGACCAAAAUUCGAAGGAUCUUAUCUUAGAAUGUCUUCAGGAAAUAUCAACAAGUGCAUUACGUUGCUUGGGUUUUUCUUACAAGGAAGACCUACCAGAGUUUGCGACCUAUAAUGGUGAUGAAGACCAUCCAGCUCAUCAACUUUUACUUGAUCCAUCAAAUUAUUCUAAAAUUGAAAGCCAACUCAUUUUUGUUGGUCUGGUUGGGCUAAGGGACCCUCCAAGAAAAGAGGUUCGUCAAGCUAUUGAGGACUGCAAAGCUGCUGGAAUCCGUGUAAUGGUUAUUACAGGCGACAACAAGAAUACUGCUGAAGCUAUUUGCCGAGAAAUAGGUGUAUUUGGACCUUUUGAAGAUAUCAGUUCCAGAAGUUUGACUGGAAAAGAAUUCAUGGAGAUUCUUGAUCAGAAAAAUCAUUUAAGACAGAGUGGAGGCCUAUUAGUCUCUAGGGCUGAACCAAGGCAUAAACAGGACAUAGUGAGAUUGCUCAAAGACGAUGGUGAAGUGGUUGCAAUGACCGGUGAUGGAGUAAAUGAUGCACCUGCCUUGAAAUUGGCUGAUAUAGGGAUUGCAAUGGGCAUUGCUGGCACAGAGGUGGCAAAGGAAGCCUCUGACAUGGUGUUGGCGGAUGACAAUUUCAGCACUAUAGUUGCUGCUGUUGGUGAAGGAAGAUCUAUUUACAACAACAUGAAGGCUUUCAUCAGGUACAUGAUUUCAUCUAAUAUUGGUGAAGUGGCUUCAAUAUUUUUAACUGCUGCUCUGGGUAUUCCAGAGGGCAUGAUACCUGUUCAGCUUCUCUGGGUGAAUCUGGUUACUGAUGGACCCCCAGCUACCGCUUUGGGAUUCAAUCCUCCAGACAAAGAUAUAAUGAGAAAGCCCCCUAGAAGAAGUGAUGACUCGUUGAUAACUCCUUGGAUCUUGUUUCGCUAUCUGGUUAUUGGUCUCUAUGUUGGAAUAGCUACAGUUGGGAUCUUCAUCAUCUGGUACACACAUGACUCAUUUUUGGGCAUCGACUUGAGUGGUGAUGGUCAUAGUCUCGUCACCUAUUCUCAACUUGCAAACUGGGGUCAGUGCUCCUCUUGGGAGGGUUUUUCAGUGUCUCCCUUCACAGCUGGGGAUCAGGUGUUCAACUUUGAUGCAAACCCGUGUGAGUACUUCCAGUCCGGCAAAAUUAAAGCUUCCACUCUCUCCCUCUCAGUUUUGGUUGCCAUUGAGAUGUUCAACUCACUUAACGCCUUAUCCGAAGAUGGGAGCCUAUUGACGAUGCCCCCUUGGGUUAAUCCAUGGCUGCUUCUGGCCAUGUCGGUCUCCUUUGGCUUGCACUUUUUGAUCCUCUAUGUGCCAUUCCUUGCACAAGUAUUCAACAUUGUCCCUCUCAGCCUCAAUGAAUGGCUCCUUGUGCUGGCAGUGGCUUUUCCGGUGAUUCUAAUUGAUGAGAUGCUCAAGUUUGUUGGGAGGUGUACAAGUGGAUUGCAGUUUUCUGGUGCAAGCAGAACUUCAAAGCAGAAAUCAGAGUGAGCACCCAGUUUGAGGCCGGAGAACACUAUAACAAAAGAAUCUCAAUGGGUUUGAAGUUAAUCCGGGAUUCUGCUGUAACCUUCAUGUUUUUUAAAUCUGUGAGGGUUGAUUUGGACUUGGGAGAUUUUAGUAAAAAUUUUGAUCACCAACACACACGUGUUAAAAAGGUGAAAACUUUUUAAAGAAUAUAAGAAAUUAUUAAUUCUAGUUUGAAAUCCCUUAUGAAAGGGACACCAUUUUGUUGGAAUGAAAAUGCAGAAAGCAUUUUGAUUUGUCUA